AUGCCUGUACCGACCCGCGUCCAGCCGGAGAAGAACAUAUGGGUGGCGGCGGGAGAUGGUGACCUGGGUCGGGUCAGAGAACUGAUAGAGGGCCAAUCGUUGUCACCCAAUCUGCCUGACCCAUAUACAUACACACCGAUGCACGCUGCCGCGUCGUACGGACAAAUACACGUCCUGGAGUAUCUGAUAUCCCAAGGAGGAGACGUGAAUGUCACUGACAGUGACGGAGACACGCCAUUGUAUGUCGUGGAGAACAUCAUGACGGCAUGGUUCCUCGUAGAGAACGGCGCAACAGUCGACCACCGUAACAAUGAAGGCGCAUCGCCUGCAGAAACCCUGGCGGAAGACUUUGAGGAAGUCGCCACGUACCUCAACCGAGUAUCGUCGGCCGGAGACAAUGCAGCGCCUCCACAAGCCGUGCCUGCACAGGCCUUUAACCAACCAUCGCAACACGCGCAAAACAUUGCUUCAGAGACCUUGACGUCCUCAUUGAUGCAAUCAGUGCAGGAGAUCAUGCAACGCGCCGAGGAGGACGGUCAUGACCCCGAGGAGGAGCUGCGACAGGCCGUCGGCCGUACAGUGUUGGAAGGCGUCGUCACUGGUUAUGGCAUGACGACGGAAGGCGGUGAAGAGCGCAGAGAUGCAGGCCGUGAUGGCAUGAAUGGAGCCAAGAGGUCGAGGACAGACGGACCUGGGUAG